AUGCAGACUCCACCCUCAGAACCACAGAGAGCAGCCGACUGCUCCCACCAAGGACACCCAGAUUCGGUGAGCAGUGGCCGGUAUCCUACACCGGGACGCUAUGCUUCUUACCCAGCCAAUCCGAUAUCGUUCUAUAGUUCGCAAUCGAUAGCUUUAGAGAAUGGAAUAAACUGUAAAAAGCUGCAGCUCACGUCGGCUACAAGGACGGCAUUGGAAAGUGGUAUUCCUCUCUCACUUCCCGUAACCGGGAAUUGGACAUCUUCCAAUCAGGUUACAGAACUGUUGUGUCAACACCCGCCUUUCAGCCAAUGGGGAGCUUUAAAUAAAUAUGAUGUUCGCGCAUCUGAGGCUAAGGAAGAAGAAAGGCGACCCAAAUUACAAGGCAGAUCGCGGGAUAUCGUGUACUUCGCUCCAGCCAGGGUGGAGCCUGCCUUAGGGAACACGCAACGUCAAGCCGAACCAGCGGAGACUGGAAGGCGAAGGGUCGGUGACCGAGGAUCGAUACCACUAGAGCCAUGUUCUCCUGCCCUUCGGGUAGCUCUCUGCCCAAAGAGCUAUCUCCCAGCAUCGGCUAAUCUCAUUAUCCAGAGCCUCUCUCUCGGCUCAUUCAUUCAUAAUCAACUCAAGUCAUAA